AACUCAAAAUUCAAAUUCAAAUCUCACCUGACACCUGACUGUAGUAACGGUCUGCCUUUACGAAUCCGCGUCUCGAACCCCAACCCAGACCCCUCUUCUCUCUCUGUGUGUAAAUCAAUCUCUCACCGAACCCUCUACACUAUCGACCUUCUCCCCCAACCAUGGCAAUCGAAAAGAAACGCCCCUUACAGACCAGCAAUGCCGCCAACAUUGACCCCGCCCCCACCGCCGGACCAACCACUGCCAAAACCAUCGAAGAAAUGUACCAGAAGAAGUCCCAGCUCGAGCACAUCCUCCUCCGACCUGACACCUACAUUGGCUCCAUCGAGAAGCACACCCAAACCCUCUGGAUCUACGAGUCCGAUCGCAUGGUCCACCGCCCCGUCACCUUCGUCCCCGGCCUCUACAAGAUCUUCGACGAGAUCCUCGUCAAUGCCGCAGAUAACAAGCAACGAGACCCAAAGAUGGACUCGCUCAAGGUUGUCAUUGACGUGGAGGGCAACUGCAUCAGCGUCUGCAACAAUGGUGAUGGUGUACCCGUGGAGGUUCACCAGGAGGAGAAAGUAUACGUUCCGGAACUGAUCUUCGGGCACUUGCUGACCAGCAGUAACUACGACGAUACGGUGAAGAAGACCACCGGUGGGCGAAACGGAUACGGUGCCAAGCUCACCAACAUCUUCUCCACUGAGUUCGUCAUCGAGACUGCAGAUGGGAGACGCCAGAAGAAGUACAAGCAGGUAUUCUGUAACAACAUGGGAAAGAAAUCAGAGCCAGCCAUAUCAAAGUGUAAAGAGAGUGAGAACUGGACGAAGGUGACAUUUAAGCCCGACUUAGCAAAAUUUAACAUGACCCAUCUUGAGGACGAUGUGGUUGCGCUAAUGAAAAAGCGGGUUAUUGACAUGGCUGGCUGCCUUGGAAAGUCUGUAAAGGUUGAAUUAAAUGGAAGUAGGGUCCCUGUAAGAGCGUUUACUGACUAUGUGAAUCUAUAUUUGGAUUCUGCAGCUAAAUCCGAAGCUGAGAAACCUCCAAGCUAUCAUGUGAAAGUUAACGAUAGGUGGGAGGUAUGCGUGAGUCUUAGUGACGGGCAGUUUCAACAGGUCAGCUUUGUGAACUCGAUUGCCACGACCAAGGGCGGUACUCAUGUGGAUUAUGUCACUAACCAAAUUACAACCCAUGUGAUGAAUUUCGUAAAUAAAAAGAACAAGAGUGCCAAUGUCAAAGCGCAUAAUGUGAAAAACUACUUGUGGGUUUUUGUCAAUGCUCUCAUUGACAACCCUGCUUUUGAUUCCCAAACCAAGGAAACUCUGACGCUUCGUCAAAGCAGUUUCGGGUCCAAGUGUGAGCUAUCACAGGAUUUUCUUACUAAAGUCACAAAAUCCGGAAUUGUGGAGAGUCUCCUGUCAUGGGCAAAUUUCAAGCAGAGCAAAGACCUUAAGAAAAGUGAUGGAACAAAAACAGAGAAGAUUCAUGGAAUUGAAAAGCUGGAUGACGCUAACAAAGCUGGGGGUAAGGAAUCUGACAAAUGUACCUUGAUUUUGACCGAAGGAGAUUCGGCUAAGGCUCUUGCAUUGGCCGGGCUCGCUGCUGUGGGUCGAGAUUACUAUGGCGUGUUCCCGUUGAGGGGUAAAUUGCUCAAUGUGAGGGAAGCCACCAAUAAACAACUCACUGAGAAUAAAGAAAUCGGGCACAUCAAACAGAUUCUUGGACUUCAGCAGAAUAAAGAAUAUACCAGUAUCAAGUCCCUGAGAUAUGGUCACCUGAUGAUAAUGACUGAUCAGGAUCACGAUGGUUCACACAUUAAAGGGCUGUUGAUCAACUUCAUUCAUUCUUACUGGCCAUCACUGUUAAGAGUUCCAUCUUUCUUGAUUGAGUUUAUAACUCCUAUUGUGAAGGCAACUCAUAAAAAUGGGACACAAUUAUCAUUUUACACUAUGCCUGAGUACGAGUCGUGGAAGGAAAGUUUGAGUGGCAAUGCAAAGGGCUGGUCUAUUAAGUAUUAUAAGGGGCUGGGAACAAGCACAUCAAAGGAAGGGAGGGAGUACUUUGCCAAUCUUGAUAAACAUAGGAAAGAUUUUAUAUGGGUAGAUCAGCAAGAUGGGGAUGCCAUCGAGCUAGCAUUCAGUAAGAAGAAGAUAGAAGAGAGGAAGAAUUGGCUCAGGCGAUUUGAGCCUGGUACUCACCUUGACCAAACGGCCAAACUGAUAAAGUACAGUGACUUUGUCAACAAGGAGCUUAUAUUGUUUUCGAUGGCAGAUCUUCAAAGGUCUAUUCCUUCGAUGGUUGACGGCCUGAAACCGGGCCAAAGGAAGAUUCUUUUCUGCUCUUUUAAGAGGAACUUUGUCAAGGAAGCAAAAGUCGCCCAGUUUUCUGGUUAUGUGUCUGAACAUUCAGCUUAUCAUCAUGGCGAGCAGAGCCUUGCGAGUACCAUCAUUGGAAUGGCACAAGACUAUGUGGGCAGCAACAACAUUAAUCUUCUUCAACCGAAUGGCCAGUUUGGCACCCGUAAUUAUGGAGGGAAAGAUCAUGCAAGUGCUAGGUACAUAUAUACCAGACUUUCUCCCAUCACAAGGUUUCUAUUCCAUAAGGAUGAUGAUGACCUUCUUGACUACUUGAAUGAAGAUGGGCAAUUGAUUGAACCGACUUGGUAUAUGCCAAUUAUACCCACAGUUCUUGUAAACGGUAGUGAAGGAAUUGGAACUGGUUGGAGCUCUUACAUUCCUAAUUACAAUCCAAGAGACAUAAUUGCAAAUCUAAGGCGCUUGUUGAGUGGUGACGCCUUGGUGCCUAUGGAUCCAUGGUAUAGAUGGUUUAAAGGAAGUAUUGAAAAGACUGCCAAGGAAGGUGGGAAUGGUUACAUUGUUAGUGGAAUUAUAGAGGAAGUGAAUGAGACAACUCUCAAGAUAUUGGAGCUGCCAGUUCGUCGUUGGACCCAGGAUUACAAAGAAUUUCUGGAGUCUAUUUCUUCAAGUAAUAGAGAAUGCAAGGAUCCUUUAAUCGAGGAUUUUGACAUGAAUUGCGAUGACGUAAUAGUAGAAUUUGACAUCUUCUUGAGUGAAGAGAACUUUGCUAGGGCCAGGCAAGAAGGUUUGCUGAAGAAAUUCAAACUAACUACCACCAUUAGCACAAGUAACAUGCAUCUGUUUGACCCCAAAGGCGUGAUAAAGAAGUACGACACCCCAGAACAAAUUCUUGAAGAAUUUUUUCACCUACGACUCGCGUUUUAUGAGAAAAGAAAGAACUUUCUGUUGGAGAAACGGGAAAUGGAGUUGUUGAAGUUGGAAAACAAGGUUAGGUUUAUACUUGCAGUUGUGAAUGGAGAGAUCAUUGUGAGCAACAGAAAGAGAGCUGAUCUGUUUGUUGAGCUGCAAAGAAAAGGUUUCACUCCAUUUCCCAAGAAAACUAAAGCUGUAGAGCCAGAGGUUGCUGGAGCAAUUGAUGAAACAGAAGAAACAGAAGACAACUCUCCUGCUGUUAGCAAGAAUGGAGUAGUGAUCAGUGAUUACGAGUAUCUACUAGCCAUGGCAAUUGGAACCUUGACCAUUGAGAAGGUUCAGGAGCUAUGUGCUGACAAGGAUAGGCUCAAUAAGGAGGUCGAAGAUUUGAGAAAAGAAACCCCAAGGUCCUUUUGGAUGAAAGAUCUGUAUGCUCUAGAGAAGCAACUCGAUGAGAUUGAAAAAAGUGAUGCUCAGGCAGAGGAGCUGAGAAAGAAAAUGAGAAGCAAGGCAAAGGGUCAAGCGCCUGGUAAGGCUGGUAGACAAGCGCCCAAGAUCCAACGCAAGGAGAAAAAGAAAAAGGCAAAUAACGCAGACUCAGUUACUGAAAACAUCUCAACAUCGGCUACAUCUGCAAUUGAAAUUGAAAAAGCUCCUGAGGUGGUGAAACCCAAGGGGAGAGCGGGCUCUAGGAAGGCUCCUACCAAGCAGGAAAGGUCCACUGUAGUCUUGACUGAUGAGGAUGAGGAUGAGGAUGACGAGGAAGUGCUGGAGCUCAAAGAACGACUUGCUGCCUAUAACCUUGAAUCAUCUCCUGAUCAUUCAGCAGCCAUGGAGACGGAAGUGCCAAAAGUCCCAGCCAGGAAGAAAGAACCUAGCAAGAGGACUGCUGCGCUGAAGAAGCCUUUGGCAACUGUUUCAGAGAUAUCUUCAGAUGAUGAAGAGAAUGAGGUGGAUGACGAAGACGUUGAUCUAGAAGUUGUAGCUGCCCCAGAAAGGGGAAAGAAGGGAGGUAGAAAACCAGCUGCAAAUGCCAAGGCUGCUAAGCCCCCUGCAGCAGCAAAGAACAGAGGUGCAGGCAACAAACAGAAACCUCAAACGCUGAGCCAGAAGCUUAUAUCUGACAUGUUAAAGCCUGCUGAAAAUUCAUCUGGGAUUUCACCGGAAAAGAAAGUGAGAAAGAUGAGGGCAUCUCCAUUCAACAAGAAAAGUGCUUCCGUGUUGGGCAGAGUUGGUGAGGCAAAUGAGUCCACUGAACCCGAAGAAAAAUUUGGUUCUGCUUCUACUUCUGGCAGUACCGAAGAAAUGGUUGAAAUUGUGCCAGCAAGAUCAAGACCUCUGAGGGUGAACCGCGCGCAGAAAAGGUAUGUGGUGAGUGACUCUGAAAGUGAGAAUGCCACUGAGGAUUCUGACUUUGUUGAAGAUCAAGAGGAAGAUUAGAUUAGGCGUUUGACUGUAAAAACUCGAGAUUGGGAAUUAAAUCUCAUUCCCCCCCCCUCUUAUAUCUCACUUCAGUCUUCAUGCAUUGAUUGGAAGGACACAUUUUUUUCUCCCUUUCAGUUGAAUUACUCAAUUCUUAACAGCCUAA